AAUAGCCGCGCCGAUGCCGUACCGUGCGCUCGUCUGCAGUCGCGCCGCGCCACAUCACAAUCGUCCGGUCGCCGUCGCCGCGUAAUAGUCGUCGUCUGCACAGUGCCGCCGUCGUGUUCGUGUUCGUCGUCGCUGCCGCGUUCGAACGACUCUGCAGUUAUAAUAAAUUAAUAUAAAUAUAUUAUAUCCUACACUGUUGUUAUCGCCGUUUUUGUUUUUAUUGUCAUACGAGUGUUUUAAAAACGUACUCGCGCGAUGAUGGUGUUGGACUCGGGACAAGCGUCUCCGUCGUUACGUCUGUACGCCGCGGCUGCCGCGGCCGCGGCCACGGCCACAUCCGGUGGCGCAGGGCAACAGUCUAGUGGCGGUACAGGAGGUGUCCAGAUGCCGCCGCAUCCGCUGUUCCCACAUUUUGCAGCCCGUUUCCCGCAUGGUAUGGCGUCCGCGGCCAGUUUUGCGGCCGCCGGCCUUUCGCCGUUUCUUCAGCAGCACCACGUCGAGCACGCGGCCGCCCAGCGAUAUGCGAUUGCAGCAGCAGCCGCCGCAGCAAGGAACAACACGAUCGCUGGCCACGUAAUGUCCGCCGCCGUGCACCAACAACAACAACAACACCAACACCAACACCAACACCAACACCUCCACCACCGGCCCAACUCGGAACCCGCGAGCAAAAAACGACUGCAACACAAUCACCAGCAACAGCAACAGCAACAGCAGCAGCAGCACCAAUUAUUGCUGCAGCAGCAGCAACAACAGCAGCAACAGCACAUGAUUAUUAAAAUGUCAGGCAAUCAUAGCGAUGACAGCGCCUCCGAAACUGGAUCGCCCUGCAAAAAAGGUGGAGUUGAUGGAGACAGCGCAGCAGGUAGUUCGGAAGACCUGGCCAACAAACGGCGAAGGUCCAGAACAAAUUUCAACACGUGGCAGCUGGAGGAACUGGAAAGGGCGUUUUUGGCCAGCCACUACCCCGACGUGUUCAUGAGGGAGGCUUUAGCCCUGCGGUUGGACCUCAAGGAGUCCAGAGUGGCUGUAUGGUUUCAAAACCGACGAGCGAAAUGGAGGAAAAAGGAACACACCAAAAAGGGACCGGGUCGACCGGCGCACAACGCACAUCCGGUGACUUGUUCCGGAGAGCCAAUACCUGCGGACGAGUUACGGCGUAAGGAGCGCGAACGGCGGCAGAAAAAGUUGCUCAAGAGCUUGGAACGACAACAGAGGAAGUUGGCUGCCAAAGGAGUGCACGUUGACUUGGACACGCUGCGCAAGGAAUGGGAGUCUCAGCAAGCUAACAACGCGGCCAAAAAACACAGUCAGAUGGAUUGCGGAAUGGUCGGUGGAGGAAUGGACGGAGUCGGUGGAUCGUCRAACGCCGGUAUGGAUCUGUCUUUUCACGACUCGUCGAGCUGUUGCAGCGGACAGACGAGCCGGGACGAGGAGAUCGACGUGGUCGGCGAAGAGGACCACCUCCUGCACCAUCACCACCAACACCAACACCACCACAGGAUGUUACACCACAGGCGGAGCGCAAGUACGACGUUCGACGACGACGACGAUGACGAUUUGGACGAGGACGAGGACGAGGGACUGCCGCCGUACGCGCGCGCGGCUGCGGCUGCUGCGGCGGCGGCGGUAGCAGCAGUAGCGGCCGCUUGUCAUCGGGGCAACGACAGCUGUAGUUCGGACGACGAAUUCAGCGGCGGGCGUUUGUACAGCCGGACACCGGCCGCUGACGGCGAAUCGUCACCCCCGCCACCUCUGCUGAACCUGACCACGUCGUCGACGGCCACCGCGGACAAGGCCCGUCGUCUGAACCCGUUCAGCAUCGAAUCCCUGUUGGCCGGUGGCAAUCGACCGUUCAGCAUCACCGCCGCCCACGUCAACAACAUCAACAACAACAACAACAUCAACAACAAUAACAACAACAAAGCGUGAACCACCCACGUACCUCAUCUUAUACAUUCCCACCGUUUGUUUGCAUAAGCGUUGUCGUCGUCUUCGUUUGUCGUCAACGUCAUCAUCGCAGGUUCCUAUACGAGUAURUGUUGUAAUAAUAUGAUAUGAUUCAGUCGAGUCUCGAUAACUCGAUUCUCAAAGGGGAUAAAAAUAAAUUCCACUUGUGUAUUUUUCRAGAUACAUACUUACCUCGAACAUAAGCUAAAAAGCAACAAGGGGCGAGAAAAAACUUGGAUUUAUCGAGAUCUUAUAUAGAGCCAACGAGGUUCGACUUAUCAAGACUACUCUAUACUGUAAAUGUUUUAGAUAUUUAAUUUUAUCGCAGAUCGAUGGCCAAUGAUAUUUUGUCCGUAAAAAUUACGUUUCGCGAUUCUUUGACUCAAAAUUAUUUGAUUUUUAUUCUGGAGACUCCAGCAACAGCGUAUAUAAAAUAUUGGUAAUUCAGAUGACACUUGGCUGCAGGUGAACAAUAGAUCAUCGUAGUUUGUAUAAUAUAAUACGCGUUACGAUAUUAAAUUUURGUUAACGUUAUUAUUAUUUUCCAAAUUUUUCAUUCGAUCGUGAAUCGAUUUCGUACAUCAUAUUUGUAUUACGGUGGGUUAUACUUAUGUUGUACAUAAAUAAGCACAACAGAGAUUCGACCCAACGACCAACCGGACAAGCACGCAUUUUUUUGUUAAUCACUAUUAUUAUUAUUAUUAUUAUUGUUAUUCUUAUUUGUUAUACAAUUAUUUAACUUGUGUACCACCUGUAUGGCCAUUUGAUGACAACGCGAUCAGGAAACCCCGUCCGGAUAGUACCUCCUAUACAUAUUAACAUGAUGCAAUGCGAAAACACAUUGGAACCCGCGUUGAUCAAUAUAUCAUAUUAUAUUGUUGUGUCGUAAUACGUCAUACUAUUUAUUUACUGUUCUCUGUACAGAUCUAUAUAUUAACUCCCCGUCCGUAAUAAACAGCCCAUUAGUAUAAUAAGUACGACAAGAUUCUAGUCAAUAAUAUACAUAUACAUAUAUGUUGUAAGUUAACACAUUGUAUAUAUUAUAAUAAUUGUCGU